GUACUUUUCCUGUGAAUGGGUUUGGUCGAGGAGGGAGUCCCUGAAAUCUGCAAACCAGAGCGUACGAGCAGAUGUUAGCAUCUGCAGGGUGGGAGGAGGACCAGCCAUUUCAGGGAAGGCUCACGAUCAUCUCCUCCCCUCCUUGUCCUUAGAUUGCCUUGUUCCAAAGCUAGCUGAGAGAUAAUGAUGUAAAAACGCUGGCUUCGGGGGAGGGGGUGGUUUUGUGUUUUCUGGAUGGAACGUGUGGGGGCUGUUUAUUGCUUUGGGGGAAGGGAGCACCCGGGAGAUGGGAGUGAGCAGCUGCGUAAUGCGUGAGCGCGGGCCAGGAUGCAUGACAACUGUCACCCCCACUCCCUCCCCCGCAGGCUCCCCAAGGUUCUGAAGCUGCCUCCGAGUUAACGAUAUAAAAACGAGGACUUAGGUGUCUGCGCGGAUCGCCUGAGACGAGCUCCGGAGAGAGGCCAGCCGAGCGUGCCACGACCAACCCUAGAAGCAGAAGCGGCCGGCGCCAGAGGCGCCAACACUUUGACCUUGGCUCCGACCUAAGUCACGCGGGUCUGUAACAUCCCCGACACGCGCCAGCCCGCCGCGCAGCGACAAGCUCCGCACAGCUCGGCUCGGCCCCUGACUUCCGGUCUCUGCGCUCCGCCCCCCGCCCGGCCCGCCCCCAGCCUCUUCUGCCUUGGUUGCAGCUGCUGCGCUCACAGCGCGGUUGUUCGUUGGCUUGGUUCUAUCCCGAAAGGGAUCGCCUCUGUCCAAUACCCCGGACCAAUCCGCGUCCGACUCUGCCGGGGCUCUGGCCAGGUAGGCUGGCCGCGUUCUUUCUCCUGACGCCCCGGCUCCUUCUCCUCCUUUCUCAUUCAGCCUUACGACCGUAAGCCUCGGGCUCGCCGCUGCCCUCGCUCCCGCUGCCGGGCAGAGGAGACCAGCAUGGAGGAGGAGUGCAGGGUCCUGUCCAUCCAGAGUCACGUUGUCCGAGGCUAUGUGGGCAACCGAGCGGCGACUUUCCCGCUGCAGGUUUUGGGAUUCGAAAUUGAUACAGUGAAUUCUGUCCAAUUUUCAAAUCAUACAGGUUAUUCGUACUGGAAAGGCCAGGUAUUAAAUUCAGAUGAACUCCAUGAACUAUAUGAAGGUCUUAAGCUGAACAACGUAAAUAAAUAUGACUAUGUUCUCACAGGUUAUACGAGAGACAAAUCAUUCCUUGUAAUGGUAGUGGACAUCAUCCAGGAGCUGAAGGAGCAGAACCCCAACUUGGUAUAUGUGUGUGAUCCAGUGAUGGGUGACAAGUGGAAUGGAGAGGGCUCCAUGUACGUCCCGGCAGAUCUCCUUCCAGUGUACAAGGACAAAGUUGUGCCUGUAGCAGAUAUCAUAACUCCAAAUCAGUUUGAGGCUGAGUUACUCACUGGAAAAAAGAUUUCUUCCCAAGAAGAAGCAUUAGAGGUCAUGGAUACGCUUCAUUCUAUGGGACCAGGGACCGUCGUCAUCACCAGUUCCGACCUGCCAGCUUCUUCAGGCAACAACUACCUGAUUGUUCUGGGCAGCCAGAGGAAAAAAAGACCUGAUGGCACAAAGACGACGGAAAGAAUCAAAAUGGAAAUCCGGAAGGUGGAUGCUGUCUUUGUGGGAACAGGAGACUUGUUUGCUGCCAUGCUGCUGGCUUGGACUCACAAGCACCCAAAUAAUUUCAAGGUAGCAUGUGAAAAGACUGUGUCAGCCAUGCACCAUGUUCUUCAGAGGACUAUUAAAAGUGCUAAUGCACAAUCUGGAAAAGAGAAGAAACCCAGUCCAGCCCAACUGGAACUGAAAAUGGUCCAAAGCAAAAUGGAUAUAGAGAAUCCGGAGAUAAUUGUGAAAGCCACUGUGUUAUAGAGGAUGUGAUCCUGUCACCAGUCACGCACAAUUUAUUGAUGUCUUUGUUUCCCAUCCUGUGAAAAAUGUAAUAAUGUCUGCCUGAAAGAUGUGACUUAAACUUCAUUUUUCUCUCUCACAAAAUAGUAUCAAGUAUCAGCAGAUUUUUUUGUGAAAAUACGUGGUAGUUCUAUUUGGAUUUUAUUUCCUCGCCCAGAGGGAGAGCGGCUUUCCCCUUCGGUUCACUCAGUAUGUGUACUGUCCUGGACGAUAUCACAGAAUGCCUCCCUCAAACAUCCUCCGCGUCCAGAUUUGUCCAUGGAAUUAGUCUGGAGAGCGAGUCCUGGGAGACCGGAAUUCCUUGGGGAAAGGAAGGCAGCGUACGAUAGCAUCGCUUUGUCAUUGGCAGUGCCAAUGGAGCUGGCUACCUGCUAUUUCCAGACCUGAGCAAUUAACGGUCCUGUGGAUCCAUUCUGUUUUUUAAAAGUUCUGAUAAUAUAGUCGAUUAAAAUGUGUUUCUUUCAAAGGCAGAAGCCAAAGCCUUAGGGUGGCAGUUUUGUGCUAUUCUAAUAAUGGCCCCUCAUCCUUUCCUUUUUCGGAAUAAAAGCAAAUCUUUCUCUGAAAUUUCUGGUGACUGCAGAUAGUUCUCCAAGACCAAGAGGAAAGGAGCCAUCUACAGUUAGACGAGGGCCCAUCGAGUAGCUGCCUACCCACAAUACCCAUGCCAUUGCCAUCUCUUUGUCAGGACAUGAAAUCAGAUCUUCUUCCUAAGCAAGAGAGAAUUUGUAGUGUCUGAUUGUUAAUCAUGAGCAUCUUUAUCAGGAAUCUAAUGAUCUAAGAACGUAGGGCACCGAUGGGCGUAGCAAGAACAUCGAGGAUUGAAAUAUUUCCUUUGUAGUUUUUCCCUGGAAAACUGGUUCUUCUUUACUUAUAGGAAUCUUUCAUAGUAUGAUGUCAAGUACUCCGUGAUGUCAGCACUUAGCCACAAGUCUCUGUUGUACUUUCUGCUGUGAUUCCAUUGGAGAUGGGGAGGGAGGGAAGAUGAGUUUUAUCCUCCUUGCUACAUUCCUGUCAAAGGAUCUCAAAACCAGAGUCCUCAAAGCCAACUGCCACAUCUUCCCUGAGGCAAAGGUCUCUUCUCAAAGCCAGUAGCAGAACUUCAGCAGCUUGUUCUUCCAUCCCCAGAGCUCCUGCCUUCUUGGUUGGGAUCCUAUCUAGGGAGCUCCUAGAAAGAAGCCCCGCUCUCCCUCCUCCUGUCCCCUGAGAAGGACGACUCAUCUGCUUGUCUUGCCUUAGUGUAGAAGGGAGUAUAAGAUAGUGGCAGAGACGAGAAUGAGUACGUGACACCUUUGACUGAUACCAUCUGCUUAGCUUUCACCCCUACUUACUGUAAAUCACUCAUCUCUCCACGUGUCCGUGGAGGGAUCUUGGUAGAAUUUAUGGCUGAAUCUUGUCACUUGACUUCUAGAGAAACUGUGUAGGGUGUAAUGGAGUAGGGACGUGCAACCAAGCUAACAUCAACAGCCUCGGUGUUAGUGUGGGAGUAUUCUGAUAAGUGAUGUUUCAGAAUGUGGCUAUUGACAAAAGGAGAGCCAAUUCUUUUCCCUUCACAUCAUCUCAUCUCCCAUAAAUAAAAUUACUGUAAGUUAUGCUAGCAAAGCAGAGCUUUGUAGCUCACUGUGGUUAUGAACUGCAUUUUUUAUCUUUUGUCUUCCAAAAAUACAAUUUUAUUUCUAACUACAAUUAAAACUAAGAGAAGUCGGGGUUCAUUCUUAAGCUAGCUAUACCAUUUCACUUUAUAAUUUUACAUUCGUUUUUUAAUCUAUUAGUUCUUUAAAGGCUGAAUCUGCUGAUGAAUGUCAGUUAAACAUAUAAACUAUUAUAGAUCAUAUCUUUGGCCUCUUGGCCACUGAAGUCAUUACUAUCACUGUUCCUAUAUCAUGUUGACAGUCCAUUUUUUUUUUUACAUCAAGUCCACAGAUAUAUAGAAAAUAAACAAUGUUUCCUGGCACUCUGAGGAUGUUUUAUCAAAUCAGAGCUAAAGAAAACUAUGGUGAUGUCACUUCAAGAUGAAAAGAUUCCAACAUUCUGGCACAGAAGUCCCAGAGAAAUUAGAACAGAAGAGGAAUGUCUAAAAUCGGUGUGAACUUUAAAGUGUCCUUUACAAAGUGUCACCAGAUUGGAAUCAAAGCAAGAUAGGAAUACAUCAGAAAAUUCAAGGCAUUGUUUUUAACCUUAGAGACUGGGUUUAGGGUAGAAAGGAGGAUAUAGCGAUCCAAAACUGAAAAUAUGAUGGAUAGAGUAACAUUUGAAAGGGUAGGAAUAUUUUCCUGUCUGUAAUUUGAAAUUGUGUUUACUGUUUUGACUUUUUUAAAAAUGCAAAUCUUGGUUCAACAAACACAGUUCAUUUUAAAUGGUUUUGAGUAUUAUUUAAAUGGUAAAAGUGAGUAUUGGAUUAGGCUCUGCUCAUUUAGUGUCUUGUCUCAGAACAACCAGAAACAUUUUACCAAGCGCCUCCUGUAAAUUCCCCUGGGGUUGAAAUUAUGGUGUUUUCAGAAAUCAUCUGAAAUCCCCUCACUUUGUGAUUCAUUUGUCCUUGGAAACAGGACCUUAAAUAGUUUUCAAGGCCAAAGACUUUGUGCCAAAAGUAGUCCCUGUGCCAUGUACAUAUACCUACGUAUAUGGUUUUAAGAUCCUAUAUAUACAUACCUGUGUGUGUGUGUGUGUAAUUUAAAAGUACAGUUUGACAGCAGAGAUCUACGACAUCAAUAUCAUUAUGGUUCCCAUCAAAAGCAAGCUUGUAUUCAUGUAUCUUCAUUGCUUCCUUGACUAUCCCCAUUGAUUUAAAGGAAUUUUUUUCAUCCUGAAGAUGACAAAAGUCACUGUGUGAAUUCUAAAUCAUUUAGGCGUGGAGCACGUCCCUGAUCACUUCUGAUCUGUCAAGGAGUUGUCUAUCAGUAGAAACACCAGCGAUCCCCGGUCUGAUUUCAUAGCAGUGUGAGAAUCGGCAUCUGAUGGGUAACAAGGGAUCGCAGUCUGUGAGGGAUGUGUGGGGGCAGAAUGACUUGUUAAUAUUAGUGCAUCCGAACCGUUUCUCAGUGCAUUGUGAACUUCAAGUGUCAUGUAAAGGCCAGCUAUUACUGAUGAUGUUUUUCAGUCCUUUUCUCUGUUAAGAUGUCACUAAAGAACAGCUUUACAGAAGGAUGCAAAACUACAGUUCAUUUUUAUUAGCUUGUUGGAAUUCAUUCUCUGGUACUACUGCGGUGAUUGUAAUGGUCUGCUUUAAUUUACGUCGCUAGAUUUUUAUGAAAUGAUUCUGUGUUUAUUAUACUAUUCAUAACAAAAUUGUUAGAGCCUAUUUUUAAAUACAUUGUUGGCAAUUUCAGCAGACGAAGCCAGUAUUGGUUUAAUUGCACUGAUACGCGAGUUAGUUUUAAUUAAAGUUAUUCGUGUUGGGUGAAAUAGGCGGUGGGAAAGCCUACAUUGUGAUUCCAGAAGUGCCCUGAUGUAAUAUAAUGAUAAUAAUAAUAAUACAUGAUUAUAAUAAAUAUAUAUAUAUUUA